AUGGAGAAUCAAACAAGGAUGAAGGACUUCUUCCUUCGCGGGUUUACUGAAGAUCAGCAGCUGGAGACGCUUCUGUUUGCUCUCUUUCUGAUCAUGUACCUGAUGGCCAUAGCUGGAAACAUUCUGAUUGUUGUUAUCACUCUUGUGGACUUCCACCUCAGGACACCAAUGUAUUAUUUCCUCAGGAAUUAUGCCAUCUUGGAAAUUGGAUACACUUCAGCUGUCAUCCCCAAAGCCUUGAUCAACUUGGCAUUGGGGAAGAAAACAAUCUCUUACGUGGGAUGUAUAAGCCAAUUGUUUUUUUAUUUCUUUUUGGGAACUACAGACUUUUUCCUACUGACAGUGAUGUCCUUCGACAGGUAUGUGGCCAUCUGCAACCCCCUAAGAUAUGCUACCAUCAUGAACAAGCAUUUCUGUACUUGGUUGGUACUGGUUUCUUGGGCUGGAGGAUUCACCUUGAUUUUUGGUCAAACUAUGUUUUACAUACAAUUCCCCAUCUGUGGCUCAAACCUCAUGGACCAUUUUUUUUGUGACAAUAAACCACUGCUGAAACUUCUCUGUGGGGAUACCCAUCUCCUGGAGCUCAUUGGCUUCAUCCUUUCUGUUUUUUCUCUUCUGGGAACCUUAGCAAUCACGACAGUAUCCUAUGUAAUGAUAAUUUCCACCAUCCUUCACAUUCCAACUGCUGCAGGUAGGAAAAAGGCCUUCUCCACUUGUGCUGCCCAUAUUAUUGUGGUCUCUGUCACUUAUGGCAGUUGCAUCUCUAUGUACCUCAUACCAGAGGAAGAUGAAGGGAAAAAUUUCAACAAAGCAGUGGCCAUUCUCAACAAUGUGGUUUGUCCCCUUAUGACCCCAUUUGUCUACACUCUGAGGAACAAGCAAGUCAAAGCUGCUCUGAAAGAUGCCUUCAACUGCAAGAGGACCACUCAUAAAAUAUGA